AUGCCUCAGAUCAGUGGACUGGCAUACUCUGCUGGUCGCAUGAGUAUCCUGGCGCCUGAUCAGACUCAGACGAGAAGUGGCACAGCUGCAAACCUUGCGACGACACUCCUCAAGAUCGAUCUGGCAGGAUACGGUUCUACUCCGCGGCCACCGCAGCGAUCGUACCAUCACGAUCUCUUUUUUGUCGUCCAUCUCAUGCCGCAAUGCAGGAUGCUCAGCUACGCCUCCAGCGCCGGAACUGCCUGGUCAACAUGGCUGACUGCAAGACCGAUCUUGGCCGAGACAAUGUUGAAGAUGUUCAACAAGCAUUGGGUGCUCGCAGUCAGCAUUCUACCUACUGUCAUACGAGCUCAACUACCCUUCACCCCGGGCCCGCUGCCCCCACCGGACAUUACCAACACGGUCAUGAACAUCACAUUCUCAGACCCAUCUAACAGAGAAUGUGGACGGUCGUCGGCCUCUCCAAACGACUCCAACACGAUCAUUGUCCGGGAUGCGGGCGCGAAACCAGUCUGCCUGGAAUUAGACUACGUUUUCACCCACCCGAACACGACGUACUCCCACCCGACCGACGGCAUUGCGCCAUCGAGAGAAUUCGAUUUAAUGCGAUACACCGUCUCCGACUCCGCCGGAUGGUCGCCCGACCGCUUCAACUACAGUCAGAUCUUCUACACGCAAAGACGGGCCGAUCCCAACAGGCCAGAUGAUACCUCGCGGGUCGCAAACAUCAUGUUUCGGGCAUUCAACGAGUCCAGAUGCCCCGGCUAUGGCAAGGACGUCGGUGCUGCAGGCUGGUACUCGUGGAAUUGUGCAAGCGAGAACGGGUCUUGCAACGUCCUGCCGUUCGGCGUUAAGAGUAUCAUGAUCGGCCAUCCGGAUGGCAAAUACUCGCCGGGAGAUAAAGGGUGCAUUGCGGCGGUGAAGUUGAACGCUGGUUAUACGACGAGCGCUGCCUCAUGCUCCAUGUUGGCUGCCGUUUUGGGCGUGGCUGCUUUACUGGUCUGGUGA